AACACUCUUCCUAUAUGCAUCAUUCAUCAACGUAACUUCCUUGCUUAACCACAUAGGGUAGUGAGAAAUAGAAAUCAUGGUGAAUCUUGUGGCAGCACAGAAACCAUUGAUGCAUGGGCUAAUGAAAAUGGCAGGGAUACGUCCCUACACAGUAGAGAUAGAAUCAGGAACAACAAUGAAUUUUUGGGUACCUUCAGAGACCAUAACAAAGCCAAAGAAAAAAGAAGAAAAACCCAAAAUCACUGCAAAAACAAAUAAACCAGUGGUUGUUCUAGUCCAUGGUUUUGCCUCUGAAGGAAUAGUAACAUGGCAGUUUCAAGUUGGUGCAUUAACAAAAAAGUACGCUGUUUAUGUUCCAGAUCUUCUAUUCUUCGGAGGUUCUACCACAGACAAAACAGAAAGAUCACCUAGGUUUCAAGCAGAGUGUUUGGCCAUUGCUUUAAGGAAACUUGGUGUUGAAAAAUGUAUUGUUGUUGGUUUUAGCUACGGUGGAAUGGUGGCUUUUAAAAUGGCUGAGAUGUAUCCUGAUUUGGUUCAAGCUUUGGUUAUAUCUGGAUCCAUUUUGGCUAUGACUGAUUCUAUCAGUGUUAGUUCAUUGCAAGAACUUGGAUUUUCUUCUUCUUCUGAGCUUUUGUUACCUAAUUCUGUUAAAGGACUUAAAGCACUUUUAUCUGUUGCUGCUUAUAAAAAACUUUGGUUCCCGGAUCGUUUACACAAAGACUUUCUUGAGGUGAUGUUCACAAAUAGGAAAGAACGAGGUGAGCUAUUAGAUGGUUUAGUAAUUAGCAAUAAAGACGUCAGUAUUCCAAAUUUCUCCCAGAGGAUACAUCUUCUAUGGGGCGAAAAUGAUCAAAUUUUCAAAUUGGAACUUGCUCAAAAUAUGAAAGAGCAACUAGGAGAUGGCGCAACGUUUGAAGGUAUAAAGAAAGCUGGUCACCUUGUUCACUUGGAGCGACCAUGUGUCUACAAUAGAUGUCUCAAGAAGUUUAUUGCUUCCUUCUUGGCGUCAAAUGAAGCUUAAUGAAUUAAAAUGGAGUUGAUUAAUUGUAAAAUUAACUGUAUAUUUUAAUUUUCUUUGGUUUAGUUCCCUUCACAUAAGUCAAUCAAGACAUUAUAAAAGUGGGUAUUUUUUUUUUUUUCCAGUCGAUAUUUGAAUUUUAGUUCAUCACACGUUGUUGAAGUCUAGUUCCUUCAUCUAGACCAACACCUUUGAUAUAUUCAUUAUAUUUUAUUCCUUUGA